AUGUAUAGGUCCAUUGUGAGGAUAAGUGGGUCAGCACUGAGCCCUCACCCUGGACUCGGGGGGCAUGGGCCUGCUGUGAGCCCUCUCCCUGGACUGGGAGGGCAGCGGGCUUGCUCUGAGCCUUCACCCUGGACUCAGGAGGGCAGUAGGCCUGCUCUGAGCCCUCACCCUGGGCUGUGGGGGCAGUGGGCCUGCUAUGAGCCCUCAUCCUGGACUCAGGGGCAGCGGGCCUGCUCUGAGCCCUCACCCUGGACUUGUCUCCUCUGUUCAGUUCAUGCCGUGGAGGAAGUGGUGAAGGAGGUGGUGGGACAUGCCAAGGAGACUGGAGAGAAAGCCAUUGCCAAAGCCAUAAAGAAAGCCCAAGAGUCAGGGGACAAAAAGAUGAAGGAAGUCACUGAGACAGUGACCAACACAGUCACAAAUGCCAUCACCCAUGCAGCAGAGAGUCUGGGUAAACUUGGACAGUGAGUGCACCUGCUACCAUGGCCCACCCUUCCCGAGUCUCAAUAAAAAGCCGUGAAAUGUG